AUGGCGAUGAGGAAUAGGACGCCGCUUUAUAGAAAGUACCGCGAAGCCCUCCGGGGCGUCCGGGUCCCGUCGCCGUCGUCGUCCUCCGGCGGCGGGCCGGUCAUCGAGCUAGUCAGCGGUUCGCUUCUGCGGCACGACCGGUCUUACGCUCCUCUCAGCACAGAAGACCCCGGGAGUUCAAGUAGAGGAGCCCUUACAGUUGGUUUACCUCCAGCUUGGGUGGAUAUAUCUGAAGAAAUAGCUGCGAAUAUGCAACGUGCUCGGACAAAAAUGUCCGAGUUAGCUAAGGCUCAUGCCAAAGCUUUGAUGCCUUCUUUUGGUGAUGGUCAUGAGGACCAACAUACAAUCGAGGUUCUUACUCAAGAGAUAACUGAUUUGCUGAGGAAGUCUGAGAAGAGAUUACAAAAGCUUUCUUCUAGUGAUCCUUCUGAAGAUUCAAAUGUUCGAAAAAAUGUUCAGCGGUCGCUUGCAACUAACCUUCAGAGUCUUUCAAUGGAGUUUCGGAAGAAACAAUCAUCCUACUUGAAGCGCCUUCGACAGCAGAAAGAGGGUCAAGAUGGUGUUGACUUGGAGAUGAACAUAAAUGGAACUAGAUCCCAUUUGGAGGAGGAUAACUUUGUUGAUGAGGAUUUUGAUGAUCUUCAGAUGUCAAAGCUGAAAAGAAGUGAGGUCCUCACAAGAGAAAGGGAGAGGGAGAUUGCACAGGUUGUAGAAUCCGUUAAUGAGCUUGCUCAGAUUAUGAAGGAUCUCUCAGUCCUUGUGAUCGAUCAGGGAACUAUCAUUGACCGGAUAGACUAUAAUGUACAGAAUGUUGCAACCUCAGUGGAAGAGGGCUAUAAACAGUUGGAAAAGGCAGAGCGAACACAGAGGAAAGGUGGGAUGGUGAUGUGUGCUACGGUCCUUGUCAUACUCUGCUUCAUUCUGCUAGUCCUUCUGGUUCUCAAGGAAAUAUUAUUGUGAUCUAGUAAUCAUACCAAUUCAAAUGGCAUCUCUGUGGAGUAUGCCGGCAUGCCUUCCCCUCAUCAACAUUUUGCAGUGCUUGUUCAGUUGAGUGCAUAUGUCUCAGUUUACGCAGCCGCAAUUCGUAUCAUGGAGUAGUGGCUUGCAGAAUCUGGGGAGCACUCAUGUUACACUGAAAGAGAGUUCGCUGUUCUUUGGUGUGCAGCACGGCUGCAUGCACCGCUUGGUAAAUGAAUUGCAAGAUAGCUUUGGGUUGCUAAUAUUAAACAGCUUGCUCCAAUUUUGAAGAUUCUUCAUAUAAACAGAAAGAAUACUUUGUAACAAAUCCCUAUAAUGUUGUAAUACAUCAUCAUUACUUCAGGCAAUGCUUGUCCUCGUGUACGUUGUUCCUCUUGGAAAUUUAUCAAACCAGACAUUGGACGUGGUGGCAGCAGAUUACAUUCA